GCUCCUGCUCCCUGGCUUGGUCGAUGCCCAUGUCCACCUCAACGAGCCGGGCCGUACGGAAUGGGAAGGCUUCAACACGGGCACAAAGGCGGCUGCCUCGGGCGGCGUCACCACUGUCAUUGACAUGCCCCUGAACGCCAUCCCCCCAACGACCACUCUCGCCGGGUUCAGGGAGAAGCUCGCUGCCAGCCGCGGGCAGUGCUGGGUCGACGUGGGCUUUUAUGGCGGCGUUAUUCCUGGAAACGCCGACCAACUCCUGCCUCUUGUGGAAGCCGGUGUUCGUGGGUUCAAGGGGUUCCUCAUUGACUCUGGUGUAAGUGCUGCCUCCCACCAAGUGAGCAAGCGGGCAUCGCUAACUUGACCUAGGUCGAAGAAUUUCCUGCCAUCUCGGCAAAAGAUAUUGCCCUUGCAAUGACGACGCUGAAGGAUACCCCGACGACACUAAUGUUCCACGCCGAGAUGCUGCCCCCUAUCGCCGACUCGGUAGGUGACGCCGUGCAGCAGUCACUUCCUCCGGCUGCGCCUCAUGGAGAGCUCGACAGCUACAGCACCUUCUUGGCCUCCCGGCCCCCCGUUUUCGAGACUUGCGCCGUAGAGGAAAUUCUCUCCAUGGCGGACCUCGCUCCACAACUCCACCUCCACAUCGUCCACCUGUCCGCAACCGAAUGCAUCCCGAUCCUCCGGCAAGCCCGCAAGAAGGGCAUCAACAUCACAGCCGAGACCUGCUUCCACUACCUGGGCCUCGCGUCCGACGACAUCGAAGACGGCGACACUCGCCACAAAUGCUGCCCGCCCAUCCGGUCCCAGACAAACCAAGACCGCCUAUGGAACGAAAUCGCCGACGCCGAGGACGGCUGCAUCAAGACCAUCGUCUCAGAUCACUCGCCCUGCACCCCCGAGCUGAAACUACUACCACCCCGGUUCCAGACGGCCCACCAGGCAGACAACCGCCGACCGAGCCUACACCAAAUCGAUUCAGGUAUCGACGUCACCCUGCCCGAGGAAGCCAUCCAAGACGCCAAGGCCGCGCUCGAAAAACAGGGCGACUUCUUUGCCGCGUGGGGCGGCAUAUCGUCGGUCGGUCUGGGUCUGCCGAUUCUGCACACCGCGGCGGCCGCGCGCUUGGCCGCGGGUGAGAAGGCGCCGUCGAUUGUGGAUAUUGUCCGCAUGUGUUCGCAGGCUACGGCAAAGCAGGUUGGGCUGGCGCACCGCAAGGGCGGUAUCAGGGCUGGGAUGGAUGCGGAUAUUUGUGUGUUUGACGACGAGGACGUGUGGACGCUAAGGGCGGGCGACAUGCGGUGGAAGAACAGGUGCUCGCCUUGGGAGGGGCACAGGUUCAGGGGUAGAGUGAAGGAGACUUGGGUGAGGGGCCAAAAGGUCUUUGAGCUGGGCGGGGUGAAUGCCGGGUUUGUUGGUGGGAAACCGGUCGGGCAGGCGAUUGUGGAAAGGAGGAUGGAAUGAUGGGAGCAUCAGCAAGCGUCGUUUUUGAGCGGAGGCGGCUUGACAUAGAUUCUGCGAAUACCCCGCGCUGGUUUAGAGGGUUUAACUUAGGUACUGGUGUAUCAUGUAGUAAGGUAAUGAAUGAUGAGAUGAUGAACAAAGUCUAAUAUGCCCAACUAUUGCUUUCUAAGGUAUCUUAGGUAUCUUAGGUGCUCUACCAUGUG